AUGGCAGAAUCGAAUCCGAUCCCCGUCGUCUCGUUCGAGAAAUUCCUCACUGGCGACCGUGCGGGUCAGAAGGAAGUCGCCCGACGGGUCUACGACGCUUUCUCGGAAGUUGGAUUUAUAUAUUUGAAGGAACAUGGUAUUCCCCAGACGAGAGUGGAUGAGAUAUUUGCUCUGGUAGGCAUCACGAACAACACAGCUCACACCCUGGGAUAUGAAUCGAGUUUUGACUCUGUCUCUACACAGGCUGAAAAGUUCUUCUCCCUUCCCCUGAGCACCAAGCUCGCCUACAAACUCUCCUCGGCACACGUGAACCAGGGAUACACUGCCGAUGGAGCGGAGGGCGUCAACGACCACAAGGAAUGCUACGAGCACCGUCGCUUUACCAACGAUCUGUGCCCAUCAGAAAGCGACCUGCCGGGCUUCAAGUCUACACUCGAUGACUUCUACCAGCAAUGUUUCUCCCUCGCCAUGAACGUGCUCAAGUGUCUCGCCAUGGUCAUGGACCUCGGAGACGACUUCUUCGACGCCAUCACGAAGAAAGCCGACCCGCAGAUGCGGCUGCUCCACUACCCGCCCAUCGAGCGCCGCGUGAUCGAGCAGCAGGGACACGCACGAAUCAACGCCCACACGGACUUCGGGCUGUGCACGCUGCUCUUCCAGGACGGCGUGGGCGGGCUGGAGGUGGACCCGUCGCACGAGAACAAGUUCAUACCGGCGCCGCCUAUCCAGGGCGCCGUGCUGAUCAACAUCGCCGACCUGCUGCAGCGGUACACCAACGGGCGCGUCAAGUCCACGCGGCAUCGGGUGGUCAGUCCCUCGCUGGACCGGUUCAACGGCGACGUGUUGCCAUCCCGCUACAGCAUCCCCUUCUUCGUGCACCCGGACCCUGAGACUGUCAUCGACCCCAUCGUGCUGUCCGAGGGCGAGGUCAAGUUGUACGAGCCGGUCAAUGCGGGCCAGUGGCGGGACUGGAAGACCGCUACCAACUACAGACUGAAAGGCGACAAUGGCGAGGAGGUGAGUUUGAGGAGCGUGGCGGUCGAGACCUGA